AUGGACGCCGCAAAGAGUCAAUCUACAAAGGUGGAUUCUUGGUUCUUUCAGAAUCUUGACGAUAACAGAGAGCCCUACUUGAGGCGUAUUUCGACCGGCAAUAACACACUCUCGGAUCGUUUGCAAUUCAACAUUGACGAUGGACAGAGGCUUACGGACCCUAUUAAACCUGAUGAAGAUGAAGGCAAAUAUCCCGAGGGCAUCACUCUAUUCGCUCUCGAUGCCACCAUCGUUGCCACCGCCAUUCCCGUCAUUACCACCGAGUUCAAAGCCCUCGCAGAUGCCGGCUGGUAUGGCUCUGCAUAUCUGAUGACGAUUGCGAGUUUUCAAGUGCCAUGGGGCAAGCUGUACAAGUUCUUUAUUCCGAAGUGGAUCUUCCUGGCAGCGCUCAUCAUCUUCGCCGUUGGAAGUGUCCUUUGUGCUAUUGCCCCCAAUAGCGCCUUCCUAAUUGCCGGGCGUGCGGUUCAGGGCAUUGGGGCUGCUGGUCUAACCGGCGGCGUCUAUGUUAUUCUGGCGCUCGUCACGCCUCGGAGCAAAACGCCAAUCUAUCUAGGCGCGUUUGGUGCCAUCUUCACUGGUGCGAGUUCACUUGGGCCUAUCAUCGGCGGCUUUCUCACAGAAAAGUUCUCAUGGAGGUGGUGUACUGUCAAAACCGUCAGGGCGCCAUGGAAGAGCAUUUUGCGUCAGAUGGAUCUGAUAGGUGUCGUUCUUAUCACCGGUAUCAUUGCUCUAUUUGUCACUGCAAUGGAGUCCGGAGGCAUCAAACAUGAGUGGGACUCUGGCUUCGUCGUUGGUACGCUAAUGGGGUCGAUCACUAUUGCCAUGCUUUUCGGAUUCGAGCAGUACUUCAUGAAAGAGGAUGCUCUGUUACAAGCAAGGUUCUUGACCAACAUGAAGAUCGGCUUCCUUUGCGUGUUCGCAUUCAUGCUUAGCUCCGUUGCGUACUCGAUCCAGUAUAAUCUGCCUGUCUAUUUCCAGGCAACGAAAGGGUUUACUCCAGCACAAAGUGGUGUCAACGUUCUUCCCCUAUUGAUCGGUGGAGCAUUCCUCACACUAUUGUCCAGUGUGGCGUACUCCAAAUAUCGGAAUGACCGGCUAUAUUGUGUUCUCUCUGGUGCUCUUACCGUUCUAGGCUCUACGCUGAUCCUCACUCUUGGCCCGGACUCUACGCCAGUUCAGUACCUACUAUACCAGCUCAUAGUAGCCUUUGGCUAUGGCUUAGGAACUCAAGUUCCAGUUUUAGCUGUUCAGGCUACAGUCGAUGUGCAAGAUGUGCCCCAGGCCACAAGUAUCGUCCUACCAACUCAAAACCUCUUCAACAAUAUUAUGUUGCAGAAUGCUCUGCGAAACGUCCCUAGUCUUUCCGCAGCCCAGAUCUUGGCCGCGGGAUCCACGGAUCUGAGGAAACUCUUCUCCGCGGAUAUUGCUCCUCAAAUCAUUGCAGCGUACACGGAAGGUCUUCGAGCAUCAUGGGCCAUGGGUAUUGGAUUCGCUGGCGGUGCCAUGAUCUCUGGGGUGUUUGUUGGGGCUUGA